AUGUAUUACUCAUCUUCUAUCCUUCCUUUCAUCGCCCUCAUCGCAUCCGUUCACUCUCACGGUGUGAUCCUCAAGGCCCAGGGAGACAAGGGCGAGAGUCAAGGUUUCCUUCUCAACGAUGCUCUUCCUCGUAACUGCACAGAGAUCAGCCCUUGCCAGCUCGACAGCACCAUCAUUCGUGAUGCCGAGAUCAAGCAAAACAUUGUCAACGGUUGUGGUCGUACGGAGCUCAGCGGCAACAUCGACAUCGGGGAGCAGACCGAGAACGAGAUUGCCGCCAACAGAAUAACAUCUGUUCAAUCUGGCUCCACCAUGGAAGUCACCAUUCACCAAGUGAAUGCCGACGGUGCCGGUCCUUACGAGUGCGAUAUCGACAUGACCAGCAACUCCGGUACUUUUACUCCUCUCAAGGUCACCAAUAACAUCCCCGGCGAGAACGGUCUCUCCCAAGCCAAGGAGAAGAACUUCACCAUCGAGGUUCAGAUGCCCGACGACCUGGACUGCAUCGGAGCCUCCACCGGUAACAUCUGCACCGUCCGCUGCCGCAACAACGCCCUCGCCGGUCCUUUCGGUGGCUGCGUUGCUGUCCAACAAACCGACAACGAAGGGCGCACGAACGAGACGGCCGCCGGUGUCGACACCAAGCAGUCCCUCGAGGACAUCAGUGAGCAGAUCCAAGUAAACAAGGAUGACCUGUCCGCAGCGCUCGCGGCAAACCAGGCUGCUGGCGCCGCGGAUGGCAACGCCGGUGCUAGUGCGAUCGCGGCACUGACCACUGGAAACCCAACGGCCACAGAUUCGGCCAGCGAAGCUCAGCAGACUGGUAACAGCGAUGACAACAAUGACAACAAUGGUAACCAGAACAACAACAACAACAACAACAACAACGGUGGAAACAGCAACGCUUUCGGUGGCGGCAACUUCGGUGGCGGCAACUUCGGUGGCUUCGGCAAACGUGCCGCCAGGAAGGCUGUGAAGUUCUUCGCCUAG